AUGUCAAUUGAAAUGCCUUCACAAUCAACGACUGCCGGGACUUCUCCGAAAAAGCAUAAGAGCAAGUCGGAAAAGAAGCAUAAGUCAACAGAUAGUGAGAAAAAGCGGAAACGAGAGAAUGGGGAAGAAGGACAUCGAUCGAAGAAACACAGAUCCGAAAAGACCGCACCAACUUCCUCGUCCACAGAAGCCACAGCAGAGGUGUCGCCAUUUCAUUUACAGACAUCCUCCAUUUUCUUACCUUUAGCGCCAGUUUCACAGAAGUUCCCUCUUGAGGGUUUAUGCGCCGAGCACCUUUCUCCACUCAUUCUCACAUAUUACCCGCCAUUCAACGGAGUUAUCCUUUCUUACAGCAAUCCAAGAUUCGCCGAAAAGGCGUUCGGAAAUGAUGGAGAUUCGACUCUGCUACAAAAUUUGGACGAAUAUGCGGUCAGUUGGGCUUGGGUGACCGCCGAGUUCUUACUUUUCAAGCCAGAGAAGGGAGCUUGGUUGGAAGGUUAUAUUAACUUACAAAGUGAAGGGCAUCUGGGCUUAGUCUGCUGGAAUCUUUUCAAUGCGAGUAUCGAGAGAACCAGAUUACCCAAGGAAUGGAAAUGGAUCGGUGUAGAGGACCAGGAGAAAAAUGAGGAAGCUGAAGAAGGUGCGACAUAUGCUGAAGAUGGCAUUGGGUAUUAUGUGGACGGAGAGGGCAAGAAGAUUGAGGGUACCGUGAAAUUUCGAGUCAAGGAGAUUGAAUCGAAUCAUGACAAGGAACGCGGUUUCUUGACGAUUGACGGAACAAUGUUAGAUGAGGAGGCAGAGGUGCGAUUGCUGGAAACCGAGCAGGACAAGGUUGGAAGUAGAGACAGUGCUGGUAGACGUCUUGGUGGUGCAAAAGCUCUUGGUGCAACUAGUUUAGGAGUAACCGUGGAGCCCUCCGCUACGGAAGUGGACAUAGGGAAGAAGCACAGACGGAGAGAUUGA